GCUUUCAGUUUUCAUUUAUUAAUUUUGUCUUUUCUAAUUAUUCAUUUUUCUGAAAUUGUUUUUUAUUUUUUAUGUUUUUCAAGAGGGUUUAUUCUGCUUUUAUUGCUACUUCUAUGACUGAAUAGGAAAAAAAUCAUGAAUUGAUAAUUUUAUUUCUUUUGUUGAUCUUUGAAAGUAUCCAGUUUUAAUGGGGAAAAAAUGGGGUGGCUUGAGGUUUUUUUUAUUUUUUUGAGAAAGAAUUAUUUUUGUUUAUUUUGUGGUUGUGAUUUGGGAAGAUGGAUUUGGUUUGAUAAGGAUGGUUAGUUGAAAAUUUGAUGUGUUUUUUUUGUUAUUAAUUGUGGAUAUGAAGUCUUCGUAAUUUAAAGGAGGUAGUUAAUAACCUGGAAGUUUUGUCAGGUUGUCUGCUACUUGUUUGUUUUUUUGUGAACUUUGGAUCUGAAGAUUAAAAAAGAAAUGAAAAUAAUCAUGCAAAUGGCGAAAGUUAUUACAUAUUUUGAUCUUCGUACACUGGAAAAAGUUGUACAGGGACAAUUUGUUUGGUUCUGAUUAUUUUUCACCAUGUAGUAAUUCGGAAAAAUGUGAACCUUUAUGUAUGAAAUGUUUGACUUAUCGUGGUCUCAGUUCUGUCUUAAGAUGUAAUCAAGUUGAAAACCUGCCAGACUAUUUUCUUCUCUUAUUUUUAACGAAUAAAGAUACAUUUUAAGUUUGGUUUCACAGUUUUAUUCUUAAUGUCUACUUUUUCUUUGAAGCUGGGUGUUUAUUUUGGGUAGUCUGUACUACUGAGUCAAAAAGAUGGAAGUUUUUAUUAGAAAAUGCUGAUUUGUAUAGUUCUUAAUGUUUGAAGCUGUAUGGUGACCCAGUUCUGAGAAUGGAGAGGCUAGAUAGUGAAACCAAGAAAAGGAAAUCAAGCACGUGGAUAUCCUUCAAUUGGAUGCAAUUAUAAGAGAGCUUGCACGAGUUGAACUUCUUGAAAGUCUAUAAGAAUUUACUUUUAAAGUCUAUAAAUGGGGUCCCAUAUGAACUUCAAGAACUUUGGCGAUGUACCACUGAUGGAUGGUGGUGGUGGUGGUGGUGGGAAGGCAACGGGAAAUUUCACAUUGGCUAGACAACCUUCCAUAUAUUCCUUAACCUUUGAUGAGUUGCAAAACACCUUGGGUGGAAUUGGGAAAGAUUUCGGGUCGAUGAACAUGGAUGAACUUUUGAAAAAUAUAUGGACAGCUGAAGAAACUCAGAUAGUCACCUCAACUGCUGGAGCAGGAGGGGGUACUAAUCCUGGUGGAAAUUUGCAGAGGCAGGGCUCAUUGACUUUGCCAAGAACACUCAGUCAGAAGAAGGUCGAUGAGGUUUGGAGAGACUUGCUUAAGGAAGGUGGUGGAGGCACUGAUACUAUUGGUGGUGGUGGUGGUGGUGGUGGUGGUGGUGGUGGUGGUUGUGGUGGAGCAACAAAUUUGCCUAGGCAACAGACUUUGGGAGAGAUGACCUUGGAGGAGUUUUUGGUGAGAGCAGGGGUUGUGAGAGAAGAGGCCCAACAAAUAGGAAGGCAAGCUAAUAGUGGAUUUUAUAAUGAAUUUUAUAGAUCAAACAAUAACAAUGGUUUAGCUCUUGGAUAUCAACAACCAGGCCGAAACAAUGUGCUCUUGGAUAAUCAAGUUGCUCAGAAGAACAUUAAUUCAGCUCCUAAUCAGCCUCCUAGUUUAGCACGGAGUGGGGGUGGAAUCAGAUCUUCUCAGCAGCAUAUGCAGCAGCCUCCUUCACAGCAGCAGCCACUCUUGCCAAAGCCUGCAAACAUCGCUUUCGCUCCUACAACACAUUUAGUGAGCAAUGGUCAGGCAACAAGGGGAAUAGUAUCACGGAUUGCAGAACCUGCUAUGAAUACAAGUUUAGUUCAAGCUGGAGGUAUUGGCAUGGCUGGUUUGGGUGCUGGUGGUGUUACUGUUGCAGCAGGUUCUCCUGGAAGCCACAUAUCCUCUGAUGUGAUUUCGAAGAGCAGUGUAGAUACGCCUUCAUUUUCACCGGUUCCUUAUGUCUUUAGUCGGGGAAGAAAGUCUGGUGGAGCCUUGGAGAAAGUUGUUGAGAGAAGGCAGAGAAGAAUGAUAAAGAACAGAGAGUCAGCUGCAAGGUCUCGAGCCCGUAAACAGGCCUAUACUUUGGAACUCGAAGCAGAAGUUGCAAAACUUAAAGAAACGAACAAAGAAUUACAGAGAAAACAGGCCGAAUGCAUGGAAAUGCAGAAAAAUCAGAUUUUGGAGAAAAUGAAUAGGCAAAAUGGGAAUAAAAGACAGUGCUUAAGGAGGACACUGACAGGUCCUUGGUAGACUUUGAUGAAUUGAGACUGCAGAUAGAAGAAAUGAAAACUUGUUUAGUUAAAAAUAUCAUGUGUUAGUGGAUAAGGAUUGACUUUUGUAUUGCUGAUCUGAAUUCAAUCUUAAGCCACAAGAAAAAAAAUAUAUAUAUAUAUAUAUAUAUUUAUAUGGUAGGUAGCUGAAUGUAUAGUAUAGGAAGCAGAUUGUAUUGAGUUUGUAAAUUAUAAGUAAAUUAGUUUUUAUCUUCUUGUAGAUGAAGCUUUUGAGUAUGUACACCUUGUGCUUGCAUUUCGUUUUGAUAGCAUAGGACAUGUAAGAUUUAGUAAUAAGCAAUUGGUAAUAUUUGGUAUA